ACGUGACGUGUUAAAAUGGCGUCCCCCGCGGCCCGGCUGGCGGCGCGCUGCUGGCCGUCGGGACUCCGCUGCGCCGGUUUGCUGGAUGUCUCCGCGGGACAAGCGGCGGUGUGUUCGGCCUCCACGCCGCGGACACACCGGGGAGGAGCGGCGGGGGCCCGGAGCGCGGUGGGGCCCGGAAGUGCCGUGACAUUGGGAGCACCGGCAGGCUCCAGGGCUCCCGGUGGGAUCUCCUGCCGCCGCUUCCACAGCAGCAGCUGGGCCCGGCAGCAGGACCUGUACGCGGUGCUGGGGGUCGCCCGCGGCGCGGCGCAGAAGGACAUCAAGAAGGCCUACUACCAGCUGGCUAAGAAGUUCCACCCGGACACCAACCCAGAGGAGCCGGCGGCCCAGGAGAAGUUCACCCAGCUGGCCGAGGCCUACGAGGUGCUGGGUGACGAGGUGAAGAGGAGGCAGUACGACACGUACGGGGUGGCGGGCCUGGACCCGAGCCGGGCCGGGUCGGCCGGCCGGCAGCAGUACCACCGGGCCGGGGGGGCCACUGUGGACCCCGAGGAGCUGUUCAGGAAGAUCUUUGGAGAGUUCACGGGAGGGAGGGGCUUCAAGGACGUCCACCACAUGUUCGACCGGCGGCCCGAGUUCGUGAUGGAGCUGACGUUCUCGGAGGCGGCCCUCGGCGCCGCCAAGCCGCUGGCGGUGAACCUGGACGACUCCUGUCCGCGCUGCGAGGGCCGGGCCAACGAGCCGGGGACCCGGGUCGCCCACUGCCACUACUGCAGCGGCACCGGCACGGAGACGGUGAGCACCGGCCCCUUCACGAUGCGCAGCGCCUGCCGCCGCUGCGGCGGGAAGGGAACCAUCAUCAACACGCCGUGCGCCCUGUGCCGAGGCUCCGGCCUCACCAAGAAGAGGCAGACGCUCACGGUGCCGGUGCCGGCCGGAGUGGAGGACGGGCAGGCGGUCCGCAUGGCGGUCGGGAUCACCGAGAUCCUCAUCACGUUCAGGGUCCAGAGGAGUCCGGUCUUCCGGCGCAGUGGAGUGGACAUCCACUCCGACGUGAUGAUCUCGGUGGCUCAGGCCGUCCUGGGAGGAACCGCCACGGCGCCGGGCCUCCACCGGACCAUCAGCAUGCUGAUCCCCGCCAGCUGUCCGGCUGACCAGGUGAUCCGGCUCCAGGGCGAAGGGAUCCGCCGGGUGAGCGGCUCCGGCUCCGGGGACCACUACGCCCACGUCAAGAUCCGGGUCCCCAAGAAGCUGACCCCCCGGCAGCGCGCUCUGCUGCUGAGCUUCGCUGAGGACGAGCUGCUCGUGUCCGGCUCGGUGAGCGGGCUGGAGCCGCGCGCAGGGGGCGCCAGAUCGUCCGGUUCUGGGACCAAGUCCACCGACUCCGAGGAGGAAGAGGAGCGGAGGAAGGAGGAAGAGGGAGGCUUCCUCUCCAAGAUGAAGAAGAUGUUCACAUGAGGAGCUGCAGGGAGAAACCUGGAAACCGAGCUGCAGGAAGAACAGACACACACACACACAUCUACACACACGCACACAUCUACACACGCACACAUCUACACACACACACACACACACAUCUACACACACACACAUCUACACACAUGCACAUCUACACACACACACGCACACAUCUACACACACACACAUCUACACACACACACACACACAUCUACACGCACAUCUACACCCCCCCCUGGUCGGAUGUGAAACACGUUUUCUAAACUGCACCCUCCGUCAGCCAGAAGCAGAUUCUCAUCUGUCCGACGGUCCCUGAACACAUCCUGUGUGACGAAGGCUUCAGUCAAAAUGUUUUAUUUCAUAAACGUUGAACCGAAUGUGUCGAGAUGAUUGAAGAGAAGAGGUUUAUUAUUUAUUACUGUCGAAACAAGACGAGACAAAUAAAUGAUCACAGACGUCA